ACCUCCAGGUGGGUGUGAGCUGCCAUGUGUGUGCUGAGAACCCAGCCUAAGUCCUCUGCAGCAGUGAAAGCUCUCAACCGCCGAGCCAUCUCUCCAGUCUCCAUCAGCGUAUUUGUAAACAUUUUCACCACAGAAGUUAAGAGUAUUGUGCUUGGCUUCAAAGAGCCUGGAUUCCCACACUACCACUUCCUGACCUGGACUGUUAGCAUUAGUUAGCAUGGGGAUAUUUUAUACAGAUCGUAGUUUUAGGAGAAUCCGACAAGAUAAAUAUGGACAACUCCUGUCACAUAGAAAAGUAGUUCAAUAAGUAGUGUGUUUAGGCUUAAUGUUUUUCAGAACGCCGGGGUAGCUGCAGUGGCCUGAGGUCGUACCUUUAGGAAGUUCAGCCAAAGGGGUGGGUGGCUUUUGUCCCGGGAUAGUGAAAGUGACGGCUACUGUAUGGGCCUUAGAAUCACUACGCCACAUUCCUCUCCUCAAGCCCCAUGUUUUACUUGCCUUUCCUCCCAGUUUCGGGGCUGCAGCCCGGAGGAGACCCUCUCCUCCCUCCUCGGCUCCACUCUAGGUGGGAGGUUGUGAAAGCAGAGAGGGAACAUUGUGUAGGCGGAACUCAAGUGCAACGGUGGGAGGCUUCCGGGGGAAGAGCACCGGUGACGGGUCGGCGGAGACUGAAAAAGUGCUGGACGCCGGGCCGAUCAUGGAAGCUUGACAACCUGCAGGCAGGCUCUGGGAGGCCAAGACAUCGGCGAAGAGGACAGAGAGUCGGCGUGGGCAGAUCUCAAGACCAGAGAAUGGCAGGGGAACAGAAACCCUCAAGUAACCUCUUGGAGCAGUUUCUUUUAUUAGCAAAAGGUACCAGUGGCUCAGCCCUCACCGCUCUCAUCAGUCAGGUGUUGGAGGCUCCUGGAGUGUAUGUGUUUGGAGAACUGCUGGAGUUGGCCAAUGUUCAGGAGCUUGCAGAAGGAGCUAAUGCUGCUUAUUUGCAGCUGCUGAACCUGUUUGCCUAUGGUACAUACCCAGAUUAUAUAGCCAACAAGGAGAGCCUGCCAGAACUGAGCGCAGCUCAGCAGAACAAGCUGAAGCAUCUUACCAUCGUGAGCUUGGCAUCAAGAAUGAAGUGUAUCCCUUAUUCUGUGCUGCUGAAGGACCUGGAGAUGAGGAAUCUCCGGGAACUUGAAGACCUUAUCAUUGAGGCUGUCUACACUGACAUCAUCCAGGGCAAGCUGGACCAGCGAAACCAGCUGCUGGAAGUGGAUUUCUGCAUUGGUCGUGACAUCCGGAAGAAAGAUAUCAAUAAUAUUGUCAAGACCUUGCAUGAGUGGUGUGAUGGCUGUGAGGCAGUUCUGUUGGGCAUUGAACAGCAAGUUCUGAGAGCCAACCAGUACAAAGAGAACCACCACCGGACUCAGCAGCAGGUGGAGGCAGAGGUUAGCAACAUCAAGAAGACACUCAAAGCAACAGCAUCUUCCUCGGCUCAGGAAAUGGAGCAGCAGCUGGCUGAACGAGAGUGUCCCCCUCAUACUGAGCAGAGGCAACCAACUAAGAAGAUGUCCAAAGUGAAAGGUCUGGUCUCCAGCCGCCACUAGGGCCGGCUGGGGCAGCUGGCACUCACCAGGCCUGGGUCAGGUCAGGAGGGGACACCCAGGGCCUGUGUUCUCCCCUCUCUAACUGCAGUGAGUUCCAGAUCUGCCCACCCCCUCACCAGUACCUCCCCAUCCAUUGGUACCAUUGCGGAAAAUGAUUGCUCCUCCCUUGUCCUCUUUCCUAGUUGUUCCCUUCAGACUCAGGGGCUCAACGGAUGCCAUCUUAACAGGGUCCAAUACUGCCCGGCUUCCCUCCAGGGGGCCCUUGUCUCUGUAUAUGGGCUACUUCCCUCCCAGUUGUUCUGCUCCUUGUCAUUUUGUCAGGCUGGUCCUAAGCUGGAGGCAGCUUACCCAGCCCCGAGGGAUGAUUGUGGAGGUGGCUCCUGUGAGUGAAGAGGGGCCUUGCUUCUCCAGCCCCAUGGACCACAGUGCCCACAGUGGUGCCCGUGUCUCUAGCCAGGUAGCCACACUGUCCCCCUCAUCUGCCUUAUCCCCGUUGGCAGUGCCAGUUCAGGCCAUGGAGGGAUGUGGUGCUGGGCUAUGUUUACUAAACCUUUGGGUUUUCAGCCUCUUAAGCCCAGCCAGAAUCUCUCGUCAAGUUGGGGCACUGGGCUGACAAACCUCUGGUGUCUGAUACAAGUGGAAGGUGCUUGGGUCUGUGAGUGGCAGGUGUUUCUCCCAGCUUGGUGUCCUCUGCCAGCUACUUUUCCUGCUAUCCCUGACUACUCAGCCUUGAUUUGGCAUUUAGGCCCAGCUGCCCACUGGGGUUGUCUGUCAACAUUUGCUCUCCCGAGAUCUUUCAUGCCUCCUGGCUGCCCUUGGGAUAGGAAUGGUGGUGCCGAAGCCCCUCAGACUGGCAAAGGACCAUUGCUGCUUCUUUCUCCUUUCUUCCCGCCCCUCCUUGGCUGGCGACCCAGAGCCCUCUGAUGACAUCAUACUUCUGGCCAGGGAAAAGGACUUGACUAGACUUUCUGAACUUGAACAGUUUCAGGUUAUAUUUUAAUUUUUUUUUGUACAGGUUGAUUCUAAUACAUUUCAACAUGCUUUUUCUC